AUGGAAAAAGUACUUAAGUAUUCUUGCUUACCCCUUCGUUCUCCACCCACAUGUUGUAUGUCUGAUCCUGCUCACCCUCACAUCCUUUGUCGACCAUACGAUCCUCCACUCUCGGUCUGCUUUGCGUGCAAAGGCCAGAACUUGAAUGGCAGUCGUGGGCUUUAUUUCUAUUGUGCUACAUGCAAUGUGGAAUUUCACAAGGAUUGUCAUAAGUUUCAGCCGGAGAUCAUUCACCCUUUUCACCCCUCCCACCAACUCACCUUCAUCUCCUCACCAAACCACGAAUCCGAUGAUUCAGAAACAUCCAAAGCUGCUGGUGCUACUCAUUUCUAUGUCUCUGGUGGGAGUUUUCUGAAAUGCAAAUGUUGUCUAAGACUUCUUGGUAAGUUAUACUAUCAUUGUUCUACCUGUAAGUUCAAUCUUGAUGCUUCUUGUACGAUAAAUUCGCCACCCUCUACUAUCUUGCACAAGAAGAGCCACGAGCACACCCUCACCCUCUUUCCUAGAAGACUCUCUUUACCAUGUGAUGCUUGUGGUUUGUCUCUCGAAGACACCGCAGAUCACGUGUACACUUCUGCCCUUCCUUCGGGUGGUUUUCCUUGUGGAGUUUGUCGCCAAACAGUCGACGUCAAUUACGGACAAUACUCUUGCAUUAAGGGGUGUCCUCAUGCGUUCCACUCAAAAUGUGCAACGAGGGAUGAUGUCUGGGAUGGAAAAGAUCUUGAAGGAGUGCCCGAAGACCCUGAUGAAGAUACCGAGCCAUUCACGAAGAUUGAUGAAUACACGAUCCAUCAUUUCAGUCAUGAGCAUUUUCUAAAGAUCCAAGGGAUGUGUAACCCUAGUGAUCGUGAAAAUAAGUUUUGUCAGGCUUGCAUCCUUCCGAUCACGGCUUCUGACAAUUACUAUAGUUGCAUGGAGUGUGAUUUCACUCUCCACGAAGUAUGUGCAUGUCUUCCUCGCAAAAAACACCAUCCAAUACACAAACACCCACUUACCCUCCUUCAUCCAUUCCCUCCCAAGCGCUAUGACCUUUGGUUUGGAGAAUUUGCCAAAGGAAUGGUCAAAUGCAGUGGUUGUCACCGAGAAAGUUGCGGUUUCAUAUACCGAUGUAGCGAAAAGAAUUGUGAGUUUCAAUUAGAUACAAGGUGUGCUUCCCUUCCUGAUCCUUUAGUCCAUGGCAGUCAUCCACAUGAUCUUUUCUUCAAUCUAACCAAAGGUAGAUGCAUGGGUUGCAAGUCUUACAACUGUUCACCGUAUUCCUUGGAAUGUAUUCAGUGCAAGUCCUUUUUGGGCCUUCGUUGUGCUACUUUGCCAUCGGUCGCUUAUUACAAGCACGAUAAACAUCUACUUAGACUAUGUUACGGCGAAGAAGAAGAAGAAGAAGAAGAAGAGAAGACAACAAAACUCAAGUAUUGGUGUGAAGUUUGUGAAACAAAAUUAGAUCCAACGGAGUGGUUCUAUACAUGCGAUGAAUAUUGCAAUGUCACAGUUCAUGUUACAUGUUUAUUGGGAAUAGACAUGUACAUGAAGCCUAACCAUAUCAUCAAAAUAUAUGAUAAUGAGGUUGAAAUUGUCCGAAAUGAUGGUAACUUUCGGCCAUUUUGUGAUCAGUGUUCUCUUCGUUGCUUGAACACCUUGGUAUUCAGGAGCCUAAAAGGAAAUUUUUGUAAUUUGGAAGAUAUGAUGGAUUUAUGGAGCCUGGAGUCACUGCAAGAAAGGAUGGAUAAACUGAAAAAGAUGAGCGAAGCGGCAGUGAGCAAUGAUGAAUGA